UGGGAAAGUGAAAUGAGGCAGUGAAUAUCUGGCACACAUUAAGUGCACCACGAUGCCAGCUACCAGUGUGACUGUUUUGUCUCCUUGAGGCCCCCGAAAGCUAUAACGGAUGUGGAGGCGAUGGGGAGGCGCUGUAGCUUGGUGGUUAAAUGGGCAUCGGGAUGGGGGUUCAAUUCUGCGUGACCCCGGGCAAAUGGCCACACCCCGCUGCGCCUUGGGCGGGGAACAGCACAGGCUCCUACCGCACAGGGUCUGUGAGGAUUACACAGAUCAGGCUUGGCACAGCGCCUGGCACAUAGCGGGCGCUCCCUGAAGGAGAGCUGGCCAGAUCGAAUGGUACCAGCCCGCACAAAGGACAGGGGGCAGAUGGCCUGUCGGAGCCGGAGGGCAUCUCUCUGAAGCGGGUCGCUGUGGUGGAAGAUUUCUUUGACAUCAUCUACUCGAUGCAUGUGGAGAGCUCAGCGGAGCCAGGCAAAGCCCCCAAGCACGCUGGGCAGAAGAAAACCUACCGAGCGAUUGCAGAGACCUAUGCCUUCCUUCCGCGAGAAGCCGUGACUCGAUUCCUGAUGAGCUGCACAGAGUGUCAGAAGAGGAUGCACUUUAAUUCCAAUGGCCUGGAGCCCAAAGAAAAUGAACCUCCCUCUCCUCUGGUCUCCGGGAUUAUCGAUUACAACAUGCCCCUUACCUCCACGUACCUGAAGCAGAUGAAGUUGCGAGUGAUGAACUCCCAGGAACAGGAUGAAACUUCUGUGAGCAGUGAAGAUUUUGAUAUGAACGACUCCACAUGGAUGUCAGCUGACCCACACCUGGCCUCCAGCCUGAGUCCCAGCCAGGACGAGAGGAUGCGGAGCCCUCAGAACCUCCACAGCCAAGAGGACGAUGACUCCUCCUCUGAGAGUGGCAGCGGCAAUGGCUCCUCCACCCUGAACCCAUCCACGUCCAGCAGCACGCAGGGCGACCCCGCCUUCCCCGAGAUGAAUGGCAACGGCGCCGUGGCCCCCAUGGACUUCACCGCCACCUCCGAAGAUCAGCCCAUCAACCUGUGUGACAAGCUCCCGCCGGGCGCAGCACUCGGCACACCAUCCUACCCCUCGGACGGCUGUGGCACCGAUGGACUGCGGAGCCGCGUCAAGUACGGGGUGAAGACCACCCCUGAGUCGCCCCCUUACAGCUCCGGGAGCUACGAUUCCAUCAAGACCGAGGUCAGUGGCUGCCCUGAGGACCUGACGGUGGGCCGGGCCCCCACGGCGGAUGACGACGAUGACGACCACGAUGACCACGAGGACAACGAUAAGAUGAACGACUCUGAGGGCAUGGACCCUGAGCGCCUCAAGGCCUUCAAUAUGUUUGUGCGUCUCUUUGUGGACGAGAACCUGGACCGCAUGGUGCCCAUCUCCAAGCAGCCCAAGGAGAAGAUCCAGGCCAUCAUCGAGUCCUGCAGCCGGCAGUUUCCCGAGUUCCAGGAGCGGGCCCGCAAGCGCAUCCGCACAUACCUCAAGUCCUGCCGGCGCAUGAAGAAGAACGGCAUGGAGAUGACGAGACCCACACCUCCCCACCUGACCUCGGCCAUGGCAGAAAACAUCCUGGCGGCAGCCUGCGAGAGCGAGACGAGAAAAGCAGCCAAAAGGAUGCGCCUGGAGAUCUACCAGUCCUCCCAGGAUGAGCCCAUUGCCCUGGACAAGCAGCACUCCCGGGACUCUGCAGCCAUCACCCACUCCACCUACUCACUGCCAGCCUCCUCCUACUCCCAGGACCCCGUGUAUGUCAACGGCGGCCUCAACUACAGUUACCGCGGUUACGGGGCCUUGGGCAGCAACCUGCAGCCCCCCGCCUCCCUCCAAACAGGAAAUCACAGUAACGGGCCCACCGACCUCAGCAUGAAAGGCGGGGCCGCCACCGCCUCCAGCACGCCCACACCCACGCCCUCCAGCAACAGCACCAGCAGGACCAUGCCCACCGCCCAGCUCAGCCCCACGGAGAUCAGCGCUGUGCGGCAGCUCAUCGCCGGCUACCGAGAGUCCGCGGCCUUCCUGCUGCGCUCUGCGGACGAACUGGAAAACCUCAUUUUACAGCAGAACUGACCCGCGGCACCUGAAGCGCACUACCCUAGGGAAGGAGGCCGGCCCGGCCCGGCCUCCUGCCUCACCACUUGGUACAUUUUGGUUUUUGAAAGAGGUGGGAUCCAAAAGAGCGGUUUCUAGCCACACGCCAAGCACCUGCGACUUUGGGCACAAGGACACUUUUUUUUGGAAUCUCACCACACGGGUGCUCUGACCUGCUUGGAAGAGGCCAUGGGGCAGCUUUGGAAGGGCUGGGGCUCCCCUGACGAGGCGCUGGGGACGCAGCUCUAUUUAGAAUCAUCUUCGUGGACCCUGAUGUUAGAAUCCCACCCCCAGAUAAUUACCUUUCAAGUCUUAGGUGAGCAGAAUUGCAUAUUUAUUGAGAAAAACAAAGUGGACCCUUUCUUCCUCCCCCCUUAGUAAUUUAUUUUUCUGAAAAUGGAUUCUUUUGUGUUUGUACAGAUUGCCAGUCUGUGUCUGUCUGAUCAGAAGGAUGUAUCCCUGUGACCUAACAUUCCAUAUCACUACACUGGCGCGGGCUGGGGGACGGCAGGGCGGGGUGAGGUGGGGCAGGUGCCGGGCUGGCUGUCCCCUUGAGCACCCGGCACAGCCAAGCCGCACAGCCAAGCCGGAGGACCUCGCCCACACCCAAUGCAAAGCAAAGGCAAAAAUGGCUCCCCCACCCCCACCCCACAGAAGCCCCCGUCACACGGUCACCUGUGUUCUACCUCACACUCCAGCGUGGGCUUUUUCCAGGAUGUGCCCUGAGCCUGUUCUGAAUGGCUAUCUAUCGCCCAACUCCCCCACACCAUGUGUCUGCCUGGGAGGUAAGUCCAGAGGGGUGGCCAGGAGCUAGAGCCCAGAGAGGGCUUGGACCCUCAUGAGCAGCAGCUCGCGGGCACCUGCCCCCAGGGAGCCAGGUCUGAACACUUCUCCACACAGGCCCAGAUGCCUCAGACACCUGCCAGGAAGGGCCUGUUUCUUCAGGGUGAGCCCUCAGCUGUCAGGUAGCCACCAAACAGGAAAAGGCAGCUGCGAGCCCCUGGUUGGACUUGGCAGCUCCCAUCCUCCGUCCCCGUGGUUGGAGUAAAGGAACCACCAGAAGUGGAGAAGCCACUUGGGUUCACCUAGGACGCACCCUUCUCGUCAAGGGGCCAGUCCUAGAAGAAACCUGUAAUCCCUGGAGUGUGAAAAAGGACAAAAAGAAAAGGCUGGCCCGGUUUCCUUCCUCCCCGAUAGGCACUUCUUCUUGCUCAGUGCAAUACCUACCAGUGCUGCUAAAACCAGGGAUUCACCCAGACCUCAGAAGGCCCAAGGGGCCUCUCCAUGCAACACUCCGUAGCCAUGACAGCAGCUCUCCGCUGCUUGCCCCUGCCCAGAGCCGGCAGAAGCCCUCUGUUGCCUUUCCUCCCUCAGAGCAGAGAGGCCCCAGGGGAGCCAGGGCUGUGUGGACCCUAGGACGGCCACAGAGAGCCACUCGACCCCAGAGCAGGCGCCCCUUCCCAAACCAGCUUUCUGCAGCCAACCGCCUCCCGGCACCAGCGGCAGACCACCCUCAGGAGCGCCAGGGAGGGGCUCCAGCGUGGAGGCCCCAACCCGCCUCGGAUCCAGGCCCGAGCUGCGGGCCCUGGAUCCGGAACCCUGAAAGGUAGGGUGCCCCGCGCCCCGCCCCUUGCUUACUUCCAGCCCCCAGCAGUUCAGGGUGGUCUUUUCUCUCUCAAGUGGCCUCCAACGCCCUACCCAGCCACAGCACCUCUGCCUUCCAUCGGACCCAUCCCCCGGCCUCCGGUCAGGGCCAGGACACCCGAGACUCCCCCUUAGCACAGCACAAGCUCCAGUGCCCGAGGCCUGUCCCCCAACCCGGCCACCCACAUGUCCAGCCCCACCUGCUCAGUGCUACUCCCGGUUCAAUUUGUGUAAAUAUUUAUUUUUGUGAGUGAACAAUACUACAAAGUAAUCAGCAGGUCUUUUGCAAAACGUUCCCCCAGGCAAUUUGCGAAAAUCCUAAAGUUGAAAACUGGCAGAGACAAUCGCCGCCUUAGAAUUCUUGAUACCAACUGCGUGUCAUUUCCCCUCCCGGAGGCAGGACCCAAGCCAGGCACCGCGCGCGCUUCUCUCACAGACAGGAGAGAGGCAGGCUGGGAGGGGCUGCGGCCGCCACCCACACGCAAGGGAUUAGAGCUAAAGAUCAGCAUAAGCUCCAGUUGGAAGUCGGCUCUCCUCAGCCGGCCACCUCGGCCUGCCUUAGCACUGGGCAAGAGUGCAGGCACACUCGUGUGAGAGGAAGGCCCCGGGUGCUCGUGGUGAAGGCCCGCCGGGGCUCCCCGCGGCCCCUCCGGGACAGUGGAUUCUGUCGCGGUGACCCCACCGCUUGGGUGGGCCCCUCCGUGAAGCUAUGCCUGAAGCCCUGGUCAUGGCAAAAUCAGGAGCAAGUCACUGUGUGGAAACAGGACUCCAUUAGCUAGUUCAGUCAGGGACCUUGUUCUGUUUUGCGUUUGUUUUUCAAAGAUGCAGCUUCAACCCCUCCCCACUCCUGACUUGGAGGGCACCAAAGAGCUGGUUCGGCUGGACCUAGCUCACUGCCGUCCCUGCCGUCCCACCCGCACCCUCACCCUCACCCCAGGGACUGCCUUCUCCUAAAGGGAGCUUCCAAGGCCCUGCCCCGCAGCCAUUUGAAAUUCUGACGGAGGGCCUCGGGGGCGCAGAUUCAUCAUGGGGGAUCCUAAGCCAGAAGGUAACUCAAGAGUUAGAAUACACCAAUUCCUGAGUCUUUGCAGGGGGCUAAUCCCAGCAGAAGAGUAGAAUCAGGAGAAAUGGGAAUUUGGUCUUAGUGGUGGAUAACUAGAUGACCAGUAAUGGUGUGACCCAUCUGAAAUUCAUUUUACCAUCACCUCCAGGACAGUUUAUACCCAAGGGCAGUGUUGAGGGGGAGGGGGACCGAAGGGGGCGAGCAGGGUUUUCAAGGAUUUCAAACAGGUGGAACCCGGCCAUCCCUAUUCCCAAGGGCCACUAACGACUCCAGGGGUGGUUACAGGAUUAACUACCAGUUCAUUUUCAAAAUGCUGCUUUGAACUCAGAGGGUUGAUACUUUUAAUUUGUAAUUUUUUGUAAAACUUUUUACAAGAUAGUAAAGUAUUUCACCAGAAUACCAGUUUCAAUCCGUCCAUGGUCUGAUUUUUAUAUAAUUUAGUGGUGCUUUAGAAACUUUGUUUUUGUUGUUUCUGAGCUAAACAGCUCAAUCCUUUUUCGCCUGUAUCUACCUAAGACCAAUGUGAACCUUUGUAUUUUUGCUCCUAAUUUUGGACUCAGUGAAAGUGUACUGUUUACAUGUACAGAUGCCCCCGUCCCUGUGUGUUCCGCAAGACUCGCUCUUGAGGAGGAAGGGGCACCUCACUAAGCUCAUCUGCUUAGCAAAGCCACAAAACAAAAACCUCUCACUUUUUACCUGUGUUUCCACCUAAAAACAAAAGCAAAAACCCUACGCCACAUAGAACUCAGAUUUGCUGAAAAAUACUUUUCUAAGCUCAGAAAAAUCUCCGUGCGUCAGAUGGCCCACAGGCCUCUGUCACGUGGUCCACUGAGGAGCAGGGGUCAGAGCAGACACUUCCCAGGGGCUGCCGGCGGGGCACCUGCGUGGCCUCUCGGAGAGCGUGAGCAGGACUUGACUGCAGGGCUGUGGGCCGGUGUAGUUCUUCCAGCAGCCCGGGAAGCGGGGAGGUCAAGAUGACCCUUGUGACCUUCAGGGUCAAGCCGCCCAGGAUUCAGGGACGACCCAAGAGGCUGUCAAUCCUUUGGCAUAAUUUAGACAUGUUUCGGAAGAGCGCAAGUUCCCCAUCCGAGAUGAGGUUUUAGGACUUGCCAGUGCAGAUGGUACAAACAUUUCUUCAGGGUUCCCCUGGAGGCAGCUUGUUCGCGAGGCAUCACCCUCUGAGGAGGGGCAGGGGGCUCCAGACGGUAAGCAUAUGGCACUUGAGACAAACAGCGGGCGGCACCAACUUUUAAAGGUGACUCUUUACUACUUAAUCAAUGGCUACACCUCUAAAUUAUAUUUUUACAGAUAUGCACCUAUGCAACUUAACGUGGCUCUUCUAAGCAGGUGAGGACUUCCUCCUCAACGCUCUAUAAAAAUUAUUUGUGUUCUAUAUAGUGAGUUUUUUCCAGUAAAUGUGGCUUAAUAUUUUAAUUCUUAGACUGUGUCUUCUUUAUGUGAUGCAACUAAAUUCUGUUUUGUUUGUGGAAUGACUAGCACAGGCCAAGUCCCUCUCCCUCACUUAACAAAAGACCAAUGAGCUGUUAAUCGAGCUGUUAUCUCCAUGGUAUUACUUGCUAAAUGCACUGAUUUCAUAAGUAUGUGGAAUCCCUUUUCUUUUGAAUCUGUAUAUCAUAUAUAAGACUGAAUCUACUUAAUAAACACUGAAUAACAAAUCA